UCCUCUGUCUACUCAAAUUAGUUGUUACGACUCUAUGAAUCGAUUGAAUGUAUAUGGGAGAGGAUACAAAAAUAUGAACUGUUGUUUGGCUCAAGAGUGUGAUUAAAGACUUUAGCUUUUUUAUUUGUUUGAGCUUAUUUGAUGUGAUUAGUUGAACAAUUCAUCAUUAUUGUUCAUGAAAAUGUCUUCUUUCUUCUUAUAUACAUAAAAUAAGGCUUCUGUGCUGAGCCUGAGAGAGAGAGAAGAAAUGGGAACGGUUGAGGCGGGAGAAAUAGGGUCGUUACACUCCAAAAUUUGGGAACAAAUUGAGCUUUCCGAGAGCUACCUUGUGUGCUCCAUGUAUGAGGAGGCAGCCUCACUAGCUUCCUCUACUCUGAACCAACUUUCUACUAUUGCAACUGGACAUGAUGGUGGUGAUGAUGAUGAUCAACUUUAUGACAUGUUGGAAUCAGCUGGAAUGGUACUCGUCCAGUCUUUGAAUGGGCUCGGCAGGGUAUCAGAAAUCCUGAAUGAGCUCAAAAAAUCAUUUUCUUCAGUUGCAGCCAUCCCCCUUCAAGUUCUUCUUGCUGGGGCAUGUUUCCAGAUAUCACAAAGUCCUUCUGCUGUUCGGAAUUUUCUUGAAGAGUUUCUCAGUAAGUGGAGAUUUGUGGAUGACAAUUACUAUGUUCUUGCUAGUGAAGAAACCAGCGUCGAUUAUGUAAAAGGAUCUGGUGGGCGCUUUAGUUUGAGUGUUGAUGACUAUCUUGAUGUUGUUGAGGUCUAUGUUAUGAAGAUUCUUGCAAACACUCUAUCUGAUUUAGACCUUGCAAUCCACUGGGUUGAGAAAGCUGAGUUACCAGAGGACAGACGACAGGAACUUCUAAGAAGAUUACACUCCCUGCAUUCUGCGAAAGCAACAACUUCGUCAAGAGGAUCCUCAGCAUUGAUGGCAGAUAACUCGAAAAAACAGCGAAAUCUUCCUAAUGGAUCUCCACAAGUGUUGGACAACAAUUACCCUUUAAAUGAUGAGAAGAUUAGAAAACAAGCAGUUCUGAGAUUUUCCAAAGGAGUCACCCCGUACAACUGGUGGUACCGUUCCUUAAAUCUAAAGCUCGGUAGCAUUCAGAUAGUCGUAUCAAACGGGAAGAUUGCGUUUGGCUGUUUAAUCGUUCUCAUUUAUUGGAUUUUAAGACGAAAACGAGCUAGUCUGAAGGGGAUUGUUCAGAGACAAGCUUUGAACAUAAAGAAGGCUGUUGUAGACUUGUGGCAACUUGCAUUUUCUUACCAAGUGAAUCCUUUAGCUGCUGUGCAGUCUCCUCCUGCUCCAUUCCGUGGAGGUCAAAGAUGAAGUUAUAUCCAACAACUACUACUCUAUCAAAUAGAAUAUAUUAUAGUCUCGAUUUUACGGUUUCAUUUAAGAAUAAUACAAUGGAACUUUUCAUCAUUCCUUGUUUCUGGUCUAUAAAUUUGUAAUGCUAACAUUUCACUUAGGGGGUGUUUGGUAUGGGAUUUGAGUUUGUGGGAUUAAAGGUAGGAGUUUAGAUUAAGGGAGUUUAGAUUAAGUGUUUAAAGAGGUUAAGAUUACCUCAUAUUAAGCUAAAAAAUGAGACUCAAUUGUAAACACAAACUCCUAAGUUAUUAAAAAUAAAUUUACCAAA